UCCGCUGCAAGUCGCACGGAGCUGACGGUGGCUUUUGUGCGUAUGAUGCACCGUGGUCGACGCACCUGUGCGCACAAUAAACCCAGCCCGGUACUGCCUGGUCCCCCUCUUCCUCCUCCUCCUCCUCCUCCUCCUCCUCCUCCGCCGCCGCCGCUCCAGCACCGUGAGCAUCUCAAACACACCAGUCUGGAUUUUACCAAACUACGCCUCUGUGGAGUUUACAGCUGGAUUUUAGCACUUGGAUACUCUCGGUGGUCUGUGGAGGUAAGUGAUGGAAUUGAGAGAGGCCAGCGGAUCCCUUGUGAGCUCAAUUUCCCAGCAGACAACAUGAAGGAGGAAAUUCCACUCGCCCUGAUAGACAGAGAGGUCCAUCCCAUCAGACCUUACACCAUGAGUGUUGAUAACAUCUCUUUUGAAGAGUAAAAAAAUAUAUUAAAACAUCACCACCUCCUCCCCUCUCCCGCUCCUUUCAUUUACCCUACAGAGGAAAACAACAAUUCCUUCACACGACCACCCUGCAACUACUGGACAAUUCACAGAUGUAACUGACCUUACGACUGUUAACUUCAACGACUGUUCUCCUGCUACUGCCCUUUUCCCUUUAUAUAUAUAUAUAUAUAGUGCACAUACUGUUGAUAAAGCUGUGGAUCCCUGUAACUCAGUCUAACUACCCUAAGAUUUCAAUCUGAUUGAAAUCCCCUCAGAUACCUUUUUUGGAUGAAUAGAUUCUUCGCAGCUAUGGAUCUUGUAGGUUUUUCUAUCAGGCUGCAAAUGUUCCUCAGCACAUGUCUGGGACUGGAAUUUUUAGGCACUCCAGGUCAGUGGGCACGCUACCUCCGCUGGGACGCCAGCACCCGCGGUGACCUCAGCUUCCAAUUCAAGACAGAGGCCUCAGAGGCACUGAUGCUGUAUUUCGAUGACGGAGGCUACUGUGACUUUCUGCAGCUGUCAGUGGCAGAGGGCCGGCUGCAGCUGCGCUUCAGCAUCGACUGUGCCGAGACCACAGUUGUGUCAGACAGACGGGUGGACGACGGCAGCUGGCACUUUGCCACUCUGAGCAGGUAUAACCUGCGUACAGUGCUGGUACUGGAUGGCCAGGCCACAGCUGAUGAGGUGCGGCCACAGCGACAGUUCAUGAAAAUAGUCAGCGACCUGUUCCUGGGUGGAGUGCCUCAGGAUAUCCGCAACGGUGCACUCACUCUGCCCACAGCGCGAAACAUGCAGCCCUUCCAGGGCACAAUUACAGACCUCAAAUAUGGCAUCUCGCAGCCCCUGUUUCUGGGAAGCCUUAAGGUGCCCCUGGAGUCAGAAGGAUGGUGCACUGUGAACCCAUGUGAGAAUGGUGGUACCUGCUCUGUGGUGGAUGGAGAGCCCAGCUGCGACUGCUCCAAAACCGAGUACAGGGGCCGCUUCUGCAAUGAAGAGGUCAUCAGUAAUAUGCCAGGCCUUGCACAUAUGAUGGCAGAACAAGCUAAAAGCAAAGCAAGGGAAGAGAAUGUGGCCACUUUCCGUGGCUCAGAGUACUUCUGCUACGAUCUCUCCCAGAACCCCAUCCAGAGCAGCAGCGAUGAGAUCACUCUUUCCUUCAAGACGUGGCAGCGCAAUGGCCUUAUCCUUCACACCGGCAAGUCAGCUGACUACGUCAACCUGGCUCUGAAGGACGGCGCGGUCUCCCUUGUUAUCAACCUCGGCUCUGGAGCCUUUGAGGCCAUCGUGGAGCCCGUCCAUGGGAAGUUCAAUGACAACUCGUGGCAUGAUGUCAAAGUGACCCGCAACCUCAGACAGGUGACAAUAUCAGUGGACGGGAUUCUGACGACCACAGGUUACACCCAGGAGGACUACACCAUGCUGGGAUCAGAUGACUUCUUUUAUGUGGGUGGAAGCCCCAGCACCGCUGACCUGCCCGGUUCUCCAGUCAGCAACAACUUCAUGGGCUGUCUCAAGGAGGUGGUAUAUAAGAACAAUGACAUCCGACUCGAGUUGUCCCGCCUGGCUCGAAUCGUGGACCCUAAGAUGAAAAUCCAGGGUGAGGUGUCCUACAAGUGUGAGAAUGUGGCCACCUUGGACCCCAUUUCUUUUGAGACUCCCGAGGCCUACAUCAGCCUCCCCAAGUGGAACACCAAGCGGAUGGGAUCCAUAUCUUUCGAUUUCCGCACGACUGAGCCCAAUGGCCUAAUCCUCUUCACCCACGGGAAACCCCAGGAGCGCAAAGAUGCUGCCCGCAGCCAGAAGAACACCAAGGUGGAUUUCUUUGCUGUAGAGCUGCUGGAUGGCAGCCUAUACCUGCUGUUGGACAUGGGCUCUGGGACUAUCAAAGUGAAGGCCACCCAGACAAAGGUCAAUGAUGGUGCCUGGUAUCACGUGGACAUCCAGAGAGAUGGACGCUCAGGUACAAUUUCUGUAAACAGCAGAAGGACCCCAUUCACAGCCAGCGGUGAGAGUGAGAUUCUAGACCUGGAGGGCGAUAUGUAUUUAGGGGGGCUUCCCAACGAUCGCACCAACCUCAUACUGCCCACUGAGCUCUGGACGGCGAUGCUCAACUAUGGCUAUGUUGGCUGUAUACGCGACCUUUUCAUUGACGGUCGAAGUAAGGACAUCCGUCAAAUAGCUGAGGCACAAAAUGGUGCUGGCAUCAAACCGUCAUGCAUCAAGCAGCCAGGCAAGCAGUGUGAGAGCUACCCGUGCAAGAACCGAGGCGUCUGCAAGGAAGGCUGGAACCGAUUCAUUUGUGACUGCACUGGGACUGGCUUCUGGUCACGCACCUGUGAGAGAGAGGCUUCCAUCCUCUCCUAUGAUGGCAGCAUGUACAUGAAGGUGGUGAUGCCAAUCAUCAUGCACACCGAGGCGGAGGACGUCUCCAUGCGUUUUCGUUCCCAGCGAGCCUAUGGCCUUCUCAUGGCCACCAACUCCCAAGACUCAGCCGACACACUCAGGCUGGAGUUGGAUGGGGGUCGCGUCAAACUCACGGUCAACCUAGACUGUAUCAGGAUAAACUGUAACUCCAGCAAGGGACCGGAGACCCUGUAUGCCGGGCAAAAGCUCAAUGAUAAUGAAUGGCAUACAGUGCGUGUGGUGCGACGCGGAAAAACCUACAAGCUAAUGGUUGACGAUGAUGUAGCAGAAGGCCAAAUGGUGGGCGACCACACUCGUCUGGAGUUCCACAACAUUGAAACGGGCAUCAUGACAGAGCGUCGUUUUGUUUCCAGCAUCCCAUCCAGCUUCAUUGGUCACCUGCAGAGCCUCAGAUUUAACGGCAUGCUCUACAUCGACCUAUGCAAGAAUGGUGACAUCGAUUAUUGCGAGCUCAACGCCCGCUUUGGGGUCCGUUCCAUUAUUGCUGACCCUGUCACCUUCAAAUCCAAGAGCAGCUACCUGAGCCUGGCCACCCUGCAGGCCUACACGUCCAUGCAUCUCUUCUUCCAGUUCAAAACGACCUCGCCAGACGGCUUCAUUAUUUUCAACUCUGGAGAUGGCAAUGAUUUUAUCGCUGUAGAACUGGUUAAAGGAUACAUCCACUAUGUCUUUGACCUCGGAAACGGGCCGAACCUCAUCAAGGGCAAGAGUGACAGGGCACUGAACGACAACCAGUGGCACAAUGUGGCUAUUACCCGAGACAACAGCAACACCCACACACUGAAAGUAGAUGCUACAGCCACGAGUCAAAGCAUCAAUGGGGCCAAGAACCUGGACCUCAAAGGUGAUCUGUUCAUCGCAGGACUGGGUCCAGGCAUGUACGGCAGCCUGCCCAAACUUGUGGCCUCCAGAGAAGGCUUCCAGGGCUGUUUGGCAUCAGUGGACCUCAACGGUCGCCUGCCGGACCUCCUCAGUGACGCCUUGUUCCGCAGCGGGCAGAUUGAGCGUGGAUGCGAAGGUCCCAGCACCACCUGUCAGGAGGACUCCUGUGCCAACAUGGGCAUUUGUAUCCAGCAGUGGGAGAACUACACCUGUGACUGCUCCAUGACCUCCUACACUGGCACACAGUGCAACGAUCCUGGGACAACGUACAUCUUCGGCAAAGGAGGAGGCCUCAUUACAUUCAGGUGGCCGGCCAAUGAGAGACCGAGCACCAGGACCGACAGGCUGACUGUCGGAUUCAGCAGCUCCCUGAAAGACGGCAUCCUGGUUCGGAUUGACAGCGCUCCUGGUCUGGGGGAUUAUCUCAUGCUGCACAUACAACAAGGGAAAAUUGGAGUGACGUUCAACAUUGGCACUGUGGAUAUCAGUGUGCAAGAAAGCAGUACCCCGGUGAAUGAUGGGAAGUAUCAUGUUGUCCGUUUUACCAGGAAUGGUGGGAAUGCUACGCUGCAGGUGGACAACUGGUCCAUCAAUGAACACUUUCCAACAGGGAACAGCGACAUUGAACGCUAUCAAAUGGCCAAUAAGAAAAUUCCUUUCAAAUACGCCAGACCAGUAGAAGAGUGGCUACAAGAGAAAGGGCGGCAGUUGACAAUUUUCAACACUCAAGCAUCAGUCGCAAUUGGAGGUAGUGACCGCGGCCGGCCCUUUCAGGGUCAACUGUCUGGCCUUUACUAUAAUGGCCUCAAGGUGUUGAACAUGGCUGCUGAGGGUAACCCUAACAUCAAGAUCAACGGCAGCGUGAGGUUGGUAGGUGAUGUGCCCAGUGGGGCAGGCUCAGCCAGGACCACGGCCGUGCCCCCAGAGAUGUCCACAACCUUCAUUGAGACAACUACCAUGAUGUCAACCACGACCACACGGAAACACAGGUCCUCCUCAACUGUACAGCACCCAUCAGAUGACAUAGUGUCAUCCGCAGAGUGUUCGAGCGAUGACGAAGACCUGGAGGAGUGCGAAACUAGCCAUGCAGGUGGGCUAGCACACCCCACAGAGCCGGGCGUCAGGCGAGUUCCAGGGCCCUCGGAAGUGGUCCGUGAAUCUAGCAGCACCACCGGGAUGGUCAUCGGAAUAGUGGCGGCCGCUGCCCUGUGCAUCCUCAUCCUCCUGUAUGCCAUGUAUAAGUACAGGAACAGGGAUGAAGGCUCCUACCAGGUGGACGAGAGCAGGAACUACAUAACCAACUCAGCUGUACAAAGCAAUGGCGCUGUGAUGAAGGACAAACAGCAGAGCUUGAAAGGCAGCAACAAGAAACAGAAAAAUAAGGAUAAGGAGUAUUAUGUGUGACUGUGAGACUUUGAUGAACACAAGAGAAUGAAGGAAGAAAGCACUAAGAGAACAUUUACUUAUCAGUUUCCUUGUGAGGAGCUAUGACAAAUGAUGGUAUUAACAUGGAACUUGAAUAAACUUAUACUGUGCUGAGUAGAUGAACUGAUGAAAUGUACUGUAAUAUAAAGCACACUUACUAUUGUAAGCAUAACGACAAGGCUAAAUAGCAACUUUAGAGAUCUCAUACUUCUAUCUGGUCAGAGACGUUGUCAGUAUAGAAAUAUUUCACAGCUACACCAUUCUCCUAAGUGACUUUUAGAGCUAUGUGAUCCUUGGCAUUAAACAAAAAAAACCUUUUUGUAAAAUUCUUAAUGGCAAAAGGCUCAUAAUCUUCUACAUUUUCAGCAUGUAAGCAACAUGUAGUGCUUUAAAACGAGGGGUCAGGCACAUGAUCACUGUAAAAGUAAAAAAAAGGACUGCUGUACCAGAAUAUGACAAAUUUAUAUGGUUUAUACAUAAUACAAGUGUGGUGUCUUACUUAUUUUUUGCUUCAAGCAAAAUGGAAAAAAUGACAAAAAGAACAACAAGGAAAAAAACCUGUUUCUGUGUAUAAAAUGAAACCAAGUGAGUAAAUUGCCGUGGGCAGAACUCAGAAUCUGUUCUGCUCUGGCAUCUGAUUCACCACAACUAUUCUCAUUGUCUGCCGGACAGAGCGACUGUCAGCUCUGUGGAGAGAAGUGGAAAGUUCUGUUGGUAAAAAGCAAGUUAUUGUGAGAUGCAUGCCAUCCUACUUCUAAAGUAAAGUACAGUAUGGUAAAAGUCCAGUAUACAGUGUUCGACUUGGACCACAUUCUCUUUAAUGCCAAAACACUUUGUCAUCAAAUCAGAGCUCUCAGCCCAAUUCCCCUCUUUCAGAACCCUUCAAACUGCUAACCAUGAAAAAAGAAAAAAAAACAUCUCUUAAAGAAAAGGUCUAUUAUUGGUGCACAACCAAGUGGUAGUUUUAUCUUUUUGACAAAUUGUAUGUUGGUUCAUUGCCUAUAUCGUUUUUCUAUGGAGGUGUCAGGAGGAAGACAAAUGCAGUACUACAACAACUGUUAACAGAUGUGUAUACAAAAAUAAAUCUAAUGUUGAAAGUGUGAACUCUAUCUGCUGUCACAGUCAGCUGUGUCAAAAAAACACAAGAAAUUUGUUUACAUAUUUUAUUACACACUAGCUGUUGUACUUUGUAGGUAGGAAAUUGUACAUAUACCAUGACAGUUGUAAUUUUUUAGUACCUCUAUUGUACAGACUGAACAUAUGGUUUAUCAGCGUAUUUGACAUGAUGAAAUCUAUUAACUGUUACUUUACAUGGAGAAAGACUUUAAUCAGAAUGUGGAGAAUCAUAUUGAUAUUCAUAAAGAAUAAAAAUGUAUUGUUAGCCUAGAGAUCUAACCAGAGAUGUUUCUAAAGUUGCAUGAAUAUUUAACUACUUGCAGUUGUCCAACAAAUACAAGGUGCCCUUCCUUCUGUAUUAUGGCUUUCUUGUUCUGGGUUCCACUAGUGUCAUUUAUUUUUGAAUAAAGAAUAAAGUCAGAGUUAUGACAAAGA